AAGAAAAUAAUCUUUUUUUUUUAAAUAAAAAUUAAUUUUUUUUGUUGUAUAAUAAAACCUUUUUAUUUUUAUACACUUUAAUGUUGUAGUGCAUUUUUUUGUGACAGUUUAUUUUUUUUUUAUUUAUUGUAUAUUUGACAAAGGUUAAAUGACAACAAAUGUGACACACGUGUUUAAAUAUACACUUUUGAUGUUUACAAACAGAACAAAUGAAUUCAUCUAAUUAUUUUCUUUUUGAAAAUAAAUUUAUAGUUUUUAAAUUAAAAUGUUCAUUAUUAAUUAAUGACUUUUUUAUUUGAAUAAAAAGAAAAUAUGGGCAUUUCAUCUAAUAUUUGGCCUUACACGAGAUUUCUUAUUUUUCUAUUUUUGACGUUUCUUAAUUUUCUAAUCUUUUCCUUUUACUCUAUAAUUAAUUAUCUAUUUGAAAAAUUAUACUUUUCAAAAUGUAUUUUUAAACAAAAAAAUGUUGAAAAUCGAGUUGAAGUUUUACAUUGUAGUAAAUAUUUUUUGGUUGUUAAUAAACCCUAUGAUAUGGUAAUAAAUAGCAACGAUCCAAAUAUUAAGAGUACGCUUCAAAUAAAAUUAGGGAAAAUGUUUCCAAAUCUUGUGAAUCCGAGUCUUCGUCAUGAAUUUUAUUUUGUGCAUAGAUUAGAUUAUGCCACCAGUGGUGUUAUUUGCAUUGCAUUAAAUAAAUCAUCGGCUCAAGCUGCGUCAAAUGCUUUUGAAAAAAGAAAAGUAAAAAAAUAUUAUUUGGCGCUUGUUCAUGGUCAUAUUCAUAAAUCACACAUGAUUAUAUCAAAGCCAAUAGGUCAUGAUAUAAGGGAAAUGAGCGAAAGUCGAAAAAUGUGUACCAGUGAUAGUAAUUUUUGUUAUAAGCCAAGAGAUUCGUCAACUGGAAUUUUGAUACUUGAACUUGGAUUUUUUAAUAAUAAACCAGCGACCAAAAUUUUAUUGUAUCCAAAAACGGGUCGUCGACAUCAAUUACGUGUUCAUUGUUUUUGCAUUGGACACACGAUAAUUGGUGAUUAUACUUAUAGUGGAAAACAGGAUACCGAGCCUCAUAGAACAUUUCUACAUGCCUUAAGAAUAAUUCUUUUCACUGAUGUUGAAAAUUUGGAUGUAAAAACAGCCGAUCCGUUUGAUAUUUCAAUAUCUCAAAAUAAAUGGAAAUUAUCAAAAAUUGUUCGAACUUUAGACGAAAGUGCAUUUACUGACAUUAGUGAAUUAGUGCAAUCAGACGUUAAUAAUUAAAGAAAAAAAAACAAUUUUUUUUUUAUAUAUUAUAUGACGUAUGCAUGUACAUUUUUAAUAAUAAAUUAAAAUUAAUAUUAUUAAUAAAUAAUAAAUUAAUUUUCAAAUAAUAAUAAUAAA